UCCUCCUCAUCCUCCUCCUCUCCUCCUCCUCUUCUUCUUCCUCCUCCUCAUCUUCCUCCUCUUCUCUCCUCCUCUCUUCCUCCUCCUCCUCUCCUCCUCCUCUUCUCCCCCUUCCUCUUCCUCUUCUCCUCCUCAUCUUCCUCCUCUUCUUCUUCUCCUCCUCCUCUCCUCCUCCGUCAGUCUCCUCUUGGCAUCGGUGUCGGCAGCAGCUCUCGGUGUUUCUCGGUGCGGAGCGGUAGAGGGGCGGCACAGAGGCGGCAGCGAGCGGCGGCGGAGCGGCAGAGCGAUGCUGAGAGCGCGGCAGGAUGUCUCCUUCCUCUUCCUCGUCCUGGAUCCGGACUCUCCGAGCCUUCCUCCUCCUCCUGUUCCUGCGGCUCCUGCUCCUUCCGCCGUGCCAACUUCACCCGCAGCCGUGCCACCUCCUGGCGCAGAUCGGACACACGGUGCGCGUCGGUGCGCUCCUGCCGGCUCAGCGGGCGGCUCGCGUCCAGGUCCAGGCUGCGCUGAGCCGCGCGGCGGCAGCGCUGAGCCGCGAGCGGAACCCGGAGCGGGACCCGGACAGGGACCGGGUCAACCACCUGCCCUACAACCUGAGCCUGGAGCUUGUGUCCCGCCCGCUGUCCGCCGCCGACCCGGAGUCGCUGCUCCGCUGCGUGUGUCAGGGCGUGGCGGUGCAGGGAGUGUCGGCGGUGCUCGCCUUCCCGCAGAGCCGCGACGAGCUGCUACAGGUGGACCUGAUGGCGUCCUUCCUGGAGGUUCCGUUCCUCAGCGUCCUGGAGCACGGGGAGCCGCUGCGCACACAGAACCAGUUCCACCUGCAGAUGGUGACGGGGGUCCCAGAGUCCGGCCUCUCCGAUCUGUUGCUGACGGUUCUGCAGCGGUCCGGUUGGAGGGAGGGUACUGCGGUUCUGUGUCGGGGCUGGGAGGAAGCUCAGGGUCUCCUGCAGCUCCUGGACCAUCGUGGUGGAGCAUCGUGGGGCGGUGGGGGUGCCGUCAACUGGCACCUCCGAGCCCUCCUGAACCUGACACAGUCGUCUCACGAUGACACGCAGAUCCACGACUUCCUGUCUCGACACUUCAGACAGAACCAGCCUCCACCGGCGUCGGUGAUCCUGUUCGGGGCCGACCCUCAGUGCGCUGCGGCGGUUCUUCGCAGCGCCCAAGACCUGGGCCUGACGUUACCCAUGGUGCACUGGGUUCUGGGCCAGCCACUCGGCCCUGACGCCCUGCACGCCAUCGGACUGCCACUCGGCCUGCUGGCCUACGGGGAGGUGGGGAGGAAACCGUUGGACUUCUACGUUAGAGAUGCCCUGCAGCUUGUGACCAGAGCUGUAGCUGCAGCCACCAUGGUGAGACCAGACCUGGCUCUGAUCCAGAACGUGGUGAACUGCUACGACAAAGCCAACAAACACGAGGCGCCAUCGUCUGGACAGUACCUGUCCAGGUUCCUGUCCAACACAUCGUUCUCUGGACUCACUGGUCCAGUCCGAGUCCACCAGAACUGGUCUGAGGUUCUGACCUCACAGCGGUUCCACAUCUGGAGCCUGCGGCGGGAUGCUCUGGGUCAGCCCACCUGGGUGACGGUGGGCAGCUGGGAGGGAGGCCAGCUCCAGGUGGAGGACCAAGGGGUCUGGCAGGGACCCAGAGCUCGCCACAAGACCGAAGGGGUCAGUGGGAGAACCAGGGUCAGCUGGAGAGCAGGGAUGCCGGUUGCAGGGAGUCGGGUCCGGGUGGUGACCCUGGUGGAACAUCCCUUCGUUUUCACUCGGGAUGUGGACGAUGAGGGCAGCUGUCCGGCCGGUCAGUUCUGCCUGGAUGCCGGCACUAACAGCUCAGAGACCCUGGACCGGUACUUCAGGGAGGUGGCGGACGGGAACAGCAGCUUCCUGCCUACAGACUACAGCAAGUGCUGCUAUGGAUACUGCAUCGACCUGCUGGAGAAGCUGUCGGAGGACAUGGGCUUUGAGUUUGAUCUUUAUAUCGUUGGAGACGGGAAGUACGGAGCAUGGAAGGGGGGCCGCUGGACUGGGCUGGUGGGGGACAUUUUAAAUGGUCUAACAGACAUGGCUGUGACCUCCUUCAGCAUCAACUCCGCUCGGAGUCAGGUGAUCGACUUCACCUCGCCCUUCUUCUCCACCAGUCUGGGCAUCCUGGUCCGCAGUAAGGACACAGCGGCCCCCAUUGGGGCCUUCAUGUGGCCCCUGCACUGGUCCAUGUGGGUGGGAAUCUUCCUGGCGCUGCACAUCACGGCGCUGUUCCUCACAUUGUACGAAUGGAAGAGUCCGUUUGGUAUGACGCCUCACGGACGCAACAGGAUGAGAGUCUUCUCAUAUUCAUCGGCUCUCAAUCUGUGCUACGCAAUCCUGUUCGGACGCACCGUCUCCUCCAAGACGCCCAAGUGCUGGACGGGCCGCUUUCUGAUGAAUCUGUGGGCCAUCUUCUGCCUGCUGGUGCUGUCCAGCUACACCGCCAACCUGGCUGCCGUCAUGGUGGGAGAGAAGACCUUUGAGGAGGUCUCAGGGAUCCAUGAUGCCAAGCUGCAUCAUCCGUCGCAGGGUUUCCGUUUUGGGACGGUGAGGGAGAGCAGCGCUGAAGAUUACAUGAAGAAGAGUUUUCCAGAGAUGCACGAGUACAUGAGACGCUUCAACGAACCGACCACGCCUGAAGGAGUCGCCACCCUCAAGACAGAUCCUCCUCAGCUCGACGCCUUCAUCAUGGACAAAGCUCUGCUGGACUAUGAAGUUUCCAUCGACGCCGACUGUAAACUGGCGACUGUUGGGAAACCGUUCGCCAUCGAAGGUUAUGGUAUCGGUCUCCCUCAGAACUCUCCUCUGACCUCCAACGUCUCAGAGUUCAUUAGCAGAUAUAAGUCCGACGGAUACAUGGACCUGCUGCAUGACAAGUGGUACAAAGUGGUUCCCUGUGGGAACCGAGUGUUUGCUGUCACUGAGACUCUUCAGAUGGGGAUCAGUCACUUCUCGGGGCUUUUCGUCUUACUGUGCGUUGGAGUGGCGGGAGCUUUGCUGACUCUGGCAGGCGAACACGGUUUUUACCGACUCGUCCUGCCUCACAUCCGCCGCCGACAGAACCUGAAGUACUGGCUACACACCUCACAGAAGAUCCAUCGAGCUCUGAACAUGACGUAUGAAGACGUGAAGAAGCAGCAAGCUGAGAAGGACAAAAGCUGUAACCUGCAGAAGUCUCCUCCGGCCCCUCCGGUUCCUGGAGCUUCAGCCAAAUGGAACAACGAGAUGACUAAAGACGCUGCUGUUGCCGCCGCCGCCGACGCCCGGGACUUCAAACGAGUCCACUUCAACCUGGAGACUCUCAACACUCGUCGUCUGCUCGCUCGCAUCGCUUCCUCCGAUGCCAAGGCGGGCGGGGCCGAGGCGGAGGGGCCAGCAAAGCCGAGGGCGGGGCCAGCAAAGCCGAGGGCAGGGCUAAACAGCAGGUGUGAGAAUGGAGGGCCGGCGGCUUCAUUGGCCAACCUGAUGCGCUCCCUUCCCUCCUCAUUGUCCUCCGCCCAACCCACUCCCUCCACUGCACCUCCUGCAGCCGUACCCUCCGCUCCUGCGGCUGUAGCCCCUCCCCCUGUGUCAUCAUCGGCCCCGCCCCCUGCACCUGUAGUCCCGCCCCGCCCCGGCGAGCUGCAGGAGCUGCAGGAACAAAUCGACGAGAUGAGGGAGAAGCUGAGGACGGCUCUGGCCAGGAGGGCCGAGAUCCAGACCACACUGGCCAAACCUGUUGCCACGGUGACGAACAGUCCAUCUCCAGUCGCCACAGCAACCACAGUGACAACAACAACAACGACUACAACAACAACCACCACAGGAACCCCACCCACCUCUUCACCCCCCGUCGUCCCGGUAACUCCCCUGCCCGCCAACACAAAGUGUGUGAUGACCAUGACGGACCCGCCCCACAAAGUCCUGUCCAAAGUCCGGCCCCUCCAGAGCAGACUGGCCAAUCAGAGGAGGUGAUGCCCUCUGCUGAGGUCACUGACCGUCGCCCACGGUGGCCAUUUUAAUCAAACAGGGGGAAAUGAAUACGUUUAAUUUUUAAAUAGCAACGCCAUCACAACUGCAAAGAACUUGUUUGGACAGAAAACAGAACCGGCCAAUCAGACAGUGGGUUUCACCAAACUAAAAACCUUUAAUCCAAGCUGAUGAUCCAUAACCAAUAAUCAUCUUCAUCACUGUCAGCAUAGGCCAAGAAUCAUAUUUUAUCCAAAAUUCUAACUAAUUUGCACUUUAAUGAAGUCAUUAAGGUCAUUUUAAAGCACAAAUUAAUGUUUUAUAUUGGUUUGUCUUCUUUGUCCAACCAAAAACCCUUUCAGAAGCUUUUUCUUGAUUCCAGUCCUUUAAUAGAUCCCAUGACUUCAACUAAUACUGAUUUUUUUUUUUAACUAAUGGUGUUUUUAAGGGGUGGUGAAUCAAAUCAAUCAAAAAAUUAAAGAUUUACAGAAUCAAUUUUAAACUUCCUUCAUACAGGAUGUCCUCAGUUUACGACGUCCUCGACCUACGGCGUUUCAUGGUUACGUCACCGUGUCCUGUAAAUUUAUUAAGAAAGUCUAAUUCCAUCAGUCCAACUUACGGCGUUUGUAACAAAAACAAGACACUGAAGACAAAAACAAGACACAAAACAACAGAAACAAGACAGAAAAUGAGACAUAAAACAACAAAAACAAGACACAAAACGACAAAAAUGAGACAUAAAAUGACAAAAACUAGACAAAACAACAAAAACGAGACAAAAUGACAAAAACAAGACAUAAAACAACGAGACAGAAAAUGACAAAAACAAGACAGAACGACAAAAACACGACAAAAAACAACACAAACAAGACACAGAAUGACAGAAAUUAAACAGAAAAUGACAACAGAAAGACAUAAAAUUACAAAAACAAGAAAAAGUUUUCGCUUCACCCAUUGAGGGAAUGAAUUUGAACUUCCUUCAUACAGGAUGUCCUCGGUUUACGACGUCCUCGACCUACGGCAUUUCAUGGUUAUGUUGCCAUCUCCCAUAAAUGUAUUAAGAAAGUCUUGUUCCACCAUUCCAAUGUACGGCGUUUACAAAUUUUAAACAAACCUCGCGCUGGAACUAGUUGGAAGAAUACGUACGUCAUCAACAAGGAAGACGGCUUUGUCUACAGUCGUUGGUUGUACACCACACUGGAUUGUGCUACGUUCACUUUCUUUCGUUUAGUGUUGUUUUUUUUAAAGUUUACCCAGAAUGCACUUUUUAAAGUUUCAUCCAACCUCAUGUCAUCACACUCCCACCUCUGUGCUUCACUGUCAGGACUAUGCAUUCACUGUGGUAGUCCUGGUCAGAGGAGGCAUAAAACGACCACAAAUAAACACAAAAAACACACAAAUCCACCACAAAAAGACACAAAACUACCUUGAAGGUUUACCCAGAAUGCACUUUUUAAAGUUUUCUCCAGCUUUAGAUAGAAUUGAUCUAAAAUUUUUUAAAAACGUGUUGCAAAUGACAUCAAAGUUGUCCAAAGUCACACAAAAAAUUCACCAAAAUUACUUUUUUUUAAAUGGCUUGAAAUAUGUCUAAAAUUGCUCACUGUUUUUCAAAAGUCAUUUAAAUCAUCCAAAAUUACUUUGAAAAUUGUUGAAUAACUCAAAAGCUGUUCAAAAUUAUUGAAAAACUUCUUCAAAAUGACACAAUAAUCAUCCAAAUAUGUCCAAAAUUAGUCAACCUUUGUCCAAAUGGACUCAACAUUUGUCCAAAAUCUGAUGAAAAUCCACCCAAAUUGAAAGGAAAAUCAUCCAAAACUGUUUUUUAUUUUGCUAGAACUAGUUCUGACCAACCAUCUACCAACAUGCUGAAGACAGCUUUGUGGUUGUCACCACACUGGAUUGUGCUGCAUUCGCUUUCUUUCAUUUGUGUUGUGUUUUUUGGAAACUUUUUGCCCUUCAUUAUGGCAAAAAGUCAUUAUGUCAUGAUUAUCAUUUUUACUCUACAGUGAUUUUAUGUCCUAGAUUCUGAUUUUACCACUGUGUUAGCAUAGCUGAGUGACAUAGGUACUUAUGUACAUAUGUGAGUUCUGAAUUACAUUGAAAAUCGCGUUACGUUGCGACGGAAGAACGGAAUUCCGAUGCAAGUCGAGACCCCCCGUACUUUGAAAUGAAUGUUCUUAUUUAUUCAGUAUCCUAUAGAAAACACAUUUUACUUCUAUAAGGCAUGUAUGGGUCAUUCUAGAACUGGAGGACAUUUGGACUGCAAGAUUUUUGAAAAAUCAGCCUUCUCUUUUCCAGUUUUCUGCUCCAUAUUCAUCAAUAAUAGGUAAUAAACUAUCGAAGGCUUGAUUGGCUCAACUUACACAUCAAUGGUAGCAUUUUUAUUCCAUGUUUUAUUUGUUUGCUAUCCCUAGUCUUAUCACAGUAACAGGGUUGCUAAUCCGUGCUAAUGUUAGCUUUUUCUCAGCAGUAGAAACUAGAUAUUUAGCUAGCUGUUACUGCUGACCAAGAGGACAAACUGACUGAUGGAAAACAAUCAAAAGAAUGAGUCUGAUCCUGAUAAUAUGAGGUAGAGUGAGACGUUCAAUCAAGGCUGACAAUGUUAUGAAAAUAUCAUUUUCAUAACAGAAAUAGAAGAGAGGACAGAGCUUUGCUCUAUCCAUUCUUUAGGAACACUGUUGGAUGAUGGAAACGACAAAAUCAUCAACAGGGUUGGGUGUACGAUGUGGAACACGUGUUCCAUAAAUAACAAUUAUUAUAUUAUAAUGUUUAAAAUAUUACGUUGUUUAAAAAAUGUUCUCACAACAAGAGACAUGAAUGAAAAAAAUAAAACCAAAAAAAGAUUUAAAUUUGAUUUGAACUGUUUGAGAUUCAGUUUGGUCAUCAGGGGGGUGGGACAAGAGAAAAAUGGUAUUCUAGGGGAACUCCAGAUUUAUUUGGGGUUUUUUUUGGUAUUAGUUGUUUUUUUUUUUUUUUUUUUUUUUUUUUUUAGAUUUGGUCUCAGGACAAGAACAUUUACACAACUACUGCAUGUUUUAGUAUUUUACAUUCUUUGAAAUUAGAUGGGUGGGAUGUAAAUUGUCCUCCAGCUCUAGACUGACCCAUAUACAUAUUUAUUUUUGAAACAUAUUUUUAUACAUUUCGUUUGAACCUGUUGCUGCUCAUUUGUCUUUUUGAAAGAUUUUAAUACUGUUUCCUCCUGAGACUGGUUAAAAUGGCCACUGUGACCAAAACUGAGGAGCAUUUGUGGCUUUGGGAACGUUUUUAAAAUCUGACGGUGCAGAAAUCGGACAUCCUGCGAGGCAUCAGUUGAAAACAACUACUGGAAGAAAAUACUCGAGCAAAUACGAGGUGAUUCAGACAAACAGUACUAGAGUUGUGCUCCAGAUCUGAUUCACAUCCGACAGAAAAGUUGGUGUUGAUGCAAUAAAAUUGUUUGUUCUUCAUGUAUAGAAGUAACACCUCUUUAUGUCACAUGGGCACGAUCAUUGGGGAUAGAUACUGUACGUUGAAAGUUUUUUAAUGUAUUCACUUCACAGUUUAUAAAAACCCUUAGAAGUGACCACAGAGCCUGAAGCCAUCGCUGAAUUUUACCCUUAACCCCGUCUGUUUCCUGGUGCGUGGAUGCCGGCAUCCACAGUUUGUUUGAAAUAAAUCAUUGUCACAUGAAUCUGAACCGAAGUCGGUGUUUUACAAACGCAACUCUCAGAAUUAUCAGCAGCUUCUGAGCAACAGAUUGGUGAAAAGUUCAAAAUACUUUUCCUUGUGGAGAUUUUAAAUCACUUUAAAUGUCCUUUAAUGUCUAUAUGAUGCUCAGCGCUAAUGAAAACAGAAGGGAAAUUGGAACAUAUUAUUAUUAAAUACCAAAGAACAGCAGUUCUUAACUUCUGAUUUCACAUAUUUGUGGUUAUCGGUCAAUCAGGCAAUUGCAUCCAAUGGAAUCUGUGACAUGAAUAAAGUUUCUCCUCUAGUUCAUUCUGUCCAACCAUUGCAGUCAAAAUUUCUUUGCCUUCCAGACCAGUGCCUUUCAAUGGUAUCAUGUUUCCAUAAGAACGAGCAGCUCCUUCGUUGUGUUUCACCACAUGUCCAUCCAGGACUAGUCUACGUUGCCUAUUGAUGGUUGACCAGCGUGGACGUGAGUCGUAUAGAGACUUGUUGGUGAGGUGUGAUUUCCAGGAGAGGUUUUGUGCCAUACAGAACAUUCUGGUAUAAGUCCCAUCAAUUGUUUUUGAGAGUGUCUUUGUUAGUGACCAGGAGUCAGAUCCAUAGAGCAAGGUGGAUUCCACUGAUGCCUUGAAUGCUCUCAUUUUGGUGCCAUUUUAAUUGGAGAUGCCCACAUUUGCCAGAGAGUUCAGUGCUCCCCAAGCUUUACCAGUUUUUGUUUCUAUAUCAUGCGUUGUGUUGGUGUAGCCUUCGAGAUACAGGAAAUUGUCAACUUUUUUGAUUUCAGACCCAUCUAGCGCUGCAAUGUCUCCUCAGAUGUUGGUUUAAGGUGCAUGAAUUUCAUCGUGGCAGCACUCAGGAAGAGUCCAUUCUGUCUUGUUUCUCACUCUACCUGAUGCAGAAGGUCUUCUGCUUCAUUGAGAGUGUUUUCCAAGAGGGCGAUGUCAUCUGCAAAUGCAAGUUCUGGGAGGAAUUCUUCAGGGUGUCUUCUACUUUGACAACGCUUUAGGGUCAGAUCAUCAGAGGGCAAGAUUGCAUUCCUCAGUACAGCAUAGUCUAAGCAGAUGAAGACGAAAGGUGCUAGAGAGCCUUCUAACAGGCUUCAUCCAUCCAUCCAUCCAUCCAUCCAUGCAUCCAUCCAUCCAUCCAUCUAUCCAUUUUCUUCCGCUUAUCGGUGGCUGGGUCAUGGAGCGAGCAGAUCAAGCAGGCCAUUCCAGAUGUCCCUCCUCCCAGCAACGCUUUCCCAGGCCAGAUGAGAUACGUAAUCCCUCCAGUGGGUUCUGGGUCUACCCCGGGGUCUCCUCCCAGGUGGACAUGUUCGGAAAACCUCAAAAGGAAGUCUCCCCGGAGGCAUCCGACCUCUUCCUCGUCCUCUUUUUGCAGCAAAUCCUCAUAUCUGAAGUCUGUUCCUCUAUCCGCUACCUGAGGAUCCAUGGAUGGGAGUUGUCAUCUCCACACCACUAUGGUUAUUAUGGUUGUAAGCUGCUAAUAAUUCUGAGAGGUACGUGAAUGUGAUACAGACGUUAGUUUGGGUUCAUGAAAAAUAUGUAAAUAAACUCGAUGCCAGCGUUCACCCAGCAGGUGUCGCUGCUGUACGGAGGGGUCAGUCUAAAAAGGCCUUAAUCUUAAAAUGAAGGAAUGAAUUUUUACGUUGUCUGGUAAAUUUUACCAUUGGAGUAGGCAGUAUUUUCUCUUCUUCUUUUUUCUUUUUUCUUUGCAUCAUUGGGUGAAACUUCCAUAACUUUUUAUCAUAUUGUAUUUCAAGUGUCUAAAUGGAAACGAGAUUCCUGCUCCUCUUCUUGUAACCUGUGAUGACAGAGCUCAGCCAAUCACAGGCUCCCCUCUCAGAUCAGGUGGGCAAAUUACAUCAUGGUGUGAUGGGAUGAACACAGGACUUUGACUCAGGACAGCAGCACUGGAAUCCUGUGUGAAGCAUUAGUUAAUAUUGACUUACAGCUUGAGACAUUUUAACACAUUUAAAGCGCCUUCCUGGUCAGAGUAGUUGAAGGUGCUUUUCCAUUAUCACCUACUCGGCUCCACUCUACUCAGCUUGACUCGGUUUAUGUCGUUUUCCAUUACAAUUGAGUACCACCUCAUCGUGGGUGGAGUCACAAAAUACUGACCGUCUUCGAACAUGGUCUCCAAUAAUGCAGCAGUGGAGUCGAGGUCACUCUACCUCCCGUUGCUCACCAGUUGGUGCCUGUGAAUGGCGUCAAUUUGGCUAAACCACUUCCAACACCUCCGGUUUGACCCACUCCAACCGUUGUGGUCCUUGAUGGAUCGAUAGUCACUUUUGAGAUUUUUCAGCUUCUCCCGACACUGCUUCGUUGUCCUGCUGUAUCCGUGGGCGGCCAUCUGCUCGGAGUCCUCCUGAUAAACUUUCUUGUUGCGAGUCGCACCGUCCAGCUCCCUCUGGAUUCUUUGGUCCACCACCAAAAACAGAAAAGUCUCGACCUGUUCACUCGCCUACGGUACAGGUCUGGUGUGUCGUCACCCCCUGUCCAGUCAGUGGCCUGCACUCUGUAGACGUCACAUUAUCGGCUCGACUCAGCUCGCUUGGAUCCCCGGCCGAAUAGGUACUAAAAUAGUACCUGGUACCAGGUACUACGUCCUAAUGGAAAACCUCACAAACCGAGUAGAGCCGAGCAGAGUAGGUGCUAGCGGAAAAGCACCAUAAGAGAGAGGGAGGAGGCUGUGUUUUCUUCCAGAUUACUGGAAGGUUUAAGCAAAACCUUUAAUUUGGUCAAAUGAUCAAUUCCACCACUUAAUGUGUUCCUGUGGAUAUGUAGAUCCAUCACCAAAACUGAAUAUUGUAUUUCUUGGCUUGAGUUUUUCUGCUUAAAAAGCCUUAGACUCUGCACAAAAUCAUUAUCAUUAUUAGGACUUUAUGAUUUUUUCCUGUUCAAAUCCCAAUAAAUACCAUCAUAGAAAUAAAUCCUACUUAAUUUCCAUGUAGUUAAGGUGUUUCAAAGGAAUUUCAAGGAAACAGAAAAGAGAAUGAUACCUGUACUCCAAAACCACAAUUUGGAUUUAAUUUUUUAGUAGCCCUGUAUUAAGAGAACAUGCAAUAUAAAUACAUGAAUUAAUAGAUUAGAUAAUAUUACAAUAUUUAAUGGAUUAGCUGCACAGUUGAAAGGCUUUUCAAGUGGCAAAAAAACCCCCUGAAAAUUCUCCAAAUAACAUGACAGCAUCCCUUAAAUAAAACAAAACAGUGCUUCACAGUGCAGGGAUGUUUUUCCUGCUGUUUGGAACAUUUUAAGGGGCUACUUCUUUGUAAAGAAAUAUUUUCCUAUAAAAUCCUCCUUUAUUACAGUCCACUGCAUUGCCAGCUAAAUCAGUUAUUUGUAGUCUCCAAAUCAGCCCCAAAUAUGAGUGAUGAACCAUAGAAUUUGCUUUCAGGAGGGUUUGGUGUUUAUUUUUGCAGAAAUCUAUCAAAACUAUUGUAAUAGAUUACAAUGAAAAUGUAUCAAGUAUUAUUUAUGCCUUUUAAAAUGUUUUUUACCCUUGAAGAACCUCACAAUGCAUCUAAGCAAUUUAAAGCACUUUGUAGAUUAAGGUGUUUUAUUUUUUUAAAUACUUUAAAUCUGUGAUCUUACGAUGUAUUUUACAAGAUUAUCUGCACAGAGCUAAUGAGUGGACGAUUAAACCGUUGUGAUGAAAUAUC